UUGUCUAAUGGCGAUGUUCACAGUUUUGAAAAAUAUCAUAUAUCAGCAGGCUUGCCGUUAACUAGAUCAGAAAGUACCGAUGGUAAAAAAAAAUUACCAAAUGGUAUGUACAGGGUGCAUCGUAUAAUGACGGAGGAAGAAUUGGCGCAGGGUAAAGAACCUCGAUGGACUGAACUAGAGAUACGAGGUCGGAAUCUCAGUCCAUUUUUAUGGGAAAUGAGAUGCCUUACUGCACUUUUCUUGUACGGAAAUCAUCUUACAAGAAUUCCGGGUGAUAUUUCAAAAUUGGAGAAUUUGAAAGUCUUGGAUUUGUCUGAUAAUAAACUACGUAGCCUGCCAGCCGAAUUAGGCGAUAUGAUCUCUUUAUGUCACCUUUACCUCAAUAGUAAUCAAAUAAGAGUCCUGCCUUAUGAGUUGGGCAAGCUUUUUCGUUUGCAAACUCUUGAUCUUCGAGCAAAUCCACUUUCUCCCGAGAUCAAUAAAAUAUACUAUGAAUCUGGGCCUCAAAAACUGCUUCGUUUUUUGUUAGAUCAUUUGGCAAUUAACACGGCAUUACCUCCAGAUCGUCAGUGGAUCAUGAUAAGACAUGCGGAUCCAGAAAGACCAAUCGCAACAUUUACGGUGCUCUGCUAUAAUGUUUUAUGUGAUAAAUAUGCUACAAGUAACCUCUAUUCUUAUUGUCCUUCAUGGGCUUUAAAUUGGACGUAUCGAAAAACUUCGAUUCUAAAAGAGAUCCGACAUUACGAAGCUGAUAUUAUCACACUUCAAGAAGUGGAAACAGAGCAAUUCCGUUGUCUUUUUCAACCAGAGCUUGAGCAGAUAGGUUAUGCGGGCAUAUUUUCACCCAAGUCGCGCGCUAAAACAAUGGGGGAAGAGGAACGGAAGUUUGUUGAUGGUUGUGCUAUCUUCUGGAAGUAUGACAAAUUUGAGCUGGAAAAGGAACAUCUUGUGGAGUUUACGCAAAUAGCCAUCAAAAAAGCUCCAACAAGUGAAAAGAUGUUGAAUCGUGUCAUGCCAAAGGACAACAUUGCUCUCUGUGCUGUUUUCAGAGUGAAGGAAAACGUUUACCUAUUUAACUUUGUAGGACAAAUGACUAUGGCACCAAACGACAAUGUAGUUGGAAAUCCACUUGUGGUGAGCACGGCACACAUUCACUGGGAUCCGGAAUUUUGUGACGUCAAACUAGUCCAAUCGAUGAUGUUGGUUCAUGAGAUCAAUAUUUUGCUUGACGAAAUAGCAGAAAAAUGCCGUAUAUCACCACAACAGAUACCCGUCUUGAUUUGUGGUGACUUCAAUUCGCUUCCAGAAUCAGGAGUCGUGGAGUUUCUUUCAAAAGGAGCUAUUUCAAAAGAACAUCCAGAUUUGAAAGAUUUUCGUCAAGACCAUUGUAUUGCACGUUUUAGUGCGACUGAUGACCCGACUGUCUAUACUCAUGGACUUCGUCUUGAUUGCGCUGUGGAUCCAAACUCCAUGCCGUUUACAAAUUAUACGCUUGAAUUUAGGGGUGUCAUCGAUUACAUCUUCUCAACACCACAGUCAUUAGCUCGUUUAGGAGUACUGGGGCCAUUAAGUAUGGAAUGGGUGCAGACAAAUAAAAUAAUCGGUUUUCCACAUCCCCAUGUACCUUCAGAUCAUAUACCAAUCAUGGCACAAUAUGCUAUCAUUCCAACGGGCCAUCAGCGUAUCCAACCAGUUAUCCAUCAUUUUGGUAACAGUCAUUCCAGUUCUUUUGGUGCUGUUGGUCGAUAA